AUGGUCGUCUACUACCAGAUCGCCGGCAGGAAGGUCGGCUCUCACUAUCUCGCCAUGGGUGUUCUCGGUGCCCUCUUCGGUGGUGUCAAGCUUGCCAUGGGCGGUGGCAGCCAGCCCAAGCCCGCUACUCCUCCUAUCCAGGCUUCUUCUAAGGACGAGGAGGAAUUCAUCACGGACUUCCUGAAGCAGGUGAACGGAGACGACAAGAAGAAGGAUCAUUAA